GACUCCUCAGCGGGCAGACCUCUCCGACCAACACCAAACUGGAGAAGCUGGACCCCCAGCAGGUGCUGCAGCUGUGUCUCCGGUACCAAGAUCACCUUCACCAGUGCGCAGAAGCGGUCGCCUUUGAUCAGAAUGCGCUCGUGAAGCGGAUCAAGGAGAUGGACCUCUCGGUGGAAACUCUUUAUAGCUUCAUGCAGGAGCGCCAGAAGAAAUAUGCCAAGUAUGCGGAGCAGAUCCAGAAGGUCAACGAGAUGUCUGCUAUCCUGCGCCGGAUACAGAUGGGCAUCGACCAGACCGUCCCGCUGAUGGAGCGGCUGAACAGCAUGCUGCCGGAGAGCGAGCGGCUGGAGCCCUUCAGCAUGAAACCCGACCGGGAGCUGAAGUCUUAG